AGCCGCGCUUGGCUGGAGCGGAGCUGUCGGUGCGCCGGGCCCGUGCGAGCCGGGAAGCGGGCUCCCGGGCCCCCCACGGCCCCCAAGGCGCCCCCCGCCGGGGUCUCCGUCCGCGCGGGGCAGACCCGCCCGCUCUGGGCCUCCCGGGCCCCUUCCCGCCUGUCGAGGGUGGCGAUGGUGACACAUGGUUCCCAGUACAAAGGCAAGAUCACCUCGCUGCUGGGGCAGAGGCAAAGCCAGAGUCCCCAGCCCCGUCUCGUCUCUGCUCUGUUCCAGUCUUCUGGAAUGGAUGUGUCUGCCAGAAAGCCAGGUCGCCCUUGGUCCUGGACUUGCCUGCCUUCUGGGGAACACAGGUGGCCCAGGCCCUGGUAGCAGUGGUGGCAAGGCUGUGGGGCGAGGCUGUCGCAGCACUCCCAGCAGAGGAUGCCCCGGGCCCUGGAACGCGCCGAGGGCUGCUGGGCCUGGGUUGUCCUGCUGGCCUCCGUGGUGGCCCAGGGCCUCACCCUGGGCUUCCCCACGUGCCUUGGCAUCUUCUUCACUGAGCUGCAGCAUGAGUUCCGGGCCAGCAACAGCGAGACCUCCUGGUUCCCCUCCAUCCUGACAGCCAUGCUCCACGCUGGCGGACCCCUGUGCAGCGUUCUGGUGGGGCGCUUUGGCUGCCGAGUGACAGUGAUGUUUGGGGGCGUGCUGGCCAGCCUGGGCAUGGUGGCCAGUUGCUUCUGCCGCAGCCUCGUCCAGCUGUACGUCGCAGCAGGAUUCUUUACAGGCCUGGGCUUGUGUUUCAGCUUCCAGUCCACCAUCACCGUGUUGGGCUGCUAUUUCACCCGCCGGCUGGCGCUGGCCAACGCGCUGGCCUCCGUGGGCGUCUCCCUGGGCAUCACACUCUGGCCGCUGCUCGCCCGCUACCUCCUGGAGGACCUGGGCUGGAGGGGCACCUUCCUCAUCUUCGGUGGUGUGUUUCUCCACUGCUGUGUCUGCGGGGCCAUCCUGAGGCCAGUGGCCCCCAGCGUGGCUCUCGAAACCAGAAAAGGCCCUUCUCCACCUUCCAAGACACCUGCUCCUGGCUGCCUGGCAGCAUGUGGCCAGGCCGUCCUGCACUACCUGGCCUUCGACAUCCUGUGGCACAACGCAGGCUACCGAGUGUUCACGCUGGGGGUCACGUGGAUGAUCCUUGGUUUCCCGCUGCCACAUGUCUUCCUGGUGCCCUAUGCCAUGCGGCAUGGGGUGGAUGAGCACAGAGCAGCCCUGCUCAUCUCCAUCAUCGGCUUUAGCAACAUUUUCCUGCGGCCCAUGGCUGGGCUGGUGGCGGGGCAGAAGAACUUCGCCAGCUACCGCAAGUACCUGUUCACCCUAGCAGUCCUGCUCAACGGGCUCACCAACCUGGUGUGCACGGUGUCGGCCGACUUCCGAGUGCUGGUGGGCUACUGUCUGGUGUACAGCGUGUCCAUGAGCGUAGUUGGCGCCCUCUUCUUCCAGGUCCUCAUGGACAUUGUCCCCAUGGGCCGGUUCUCCAGGGCCCUGGGCCUCUGCACCAUCCUGGAGAGCAUCUCCAUCCUAGUCUCCCCCCCUAUGGCUGGGUUUCUCCUGGACAAUACUGACAAUAACUUCAGCUACGUUUUCUACAUGUCAAGCUUCUUCCUCAUCUCGGCCGCCCUCUUCAUGGGUGGCGGCUUCUGCACCCUUUGGAAAAAGGAGAGGCAGGCCCCCCGGGCCACGGGGGAGCCAGCGGUCAGGGAGGCUGCCCCGGAGCGGGCCCACACUGGGGAGGCCACGGACAGUUGUGAGAAGCGGCAGCGGACUGAAAUCAUGUAUGUGACCAGCGUCUGAGCCCCAAGAUCACAUGUGUGACCAGCGUCUGAGCCCUGAGGUCAGUGAGUGACCGCUGCAUCAGCCCAAGAACAGGAUAUCCAGCUGUUUGACCAGGGGACGUGCCGCCCAGAAAGCCUGAACCAAAGGCCGUCAAGGCUCUGCCCGUCGGGACUCAGCUGGCUGCUGGGGCCUUGGAAGCUGGCCUCUGAAGACUCAGGGUUCCUUCCAUGAGUCGGAUCCAGGAGCGGGUCCUCCUCCCUUUUCUCCCUUGGGCACCAGGGUUCGUGGGGCCCAGGAAAGUGGGUCUGAGCCCUGCUUGGGUCUGCCAGGCCCGACUCCGCUCAGCUGGCUGCCCGCUGCUGCUGCUACAGCUCACCACACCAGAUCAUCCUGUCUAGCCAGAGGCCUCCGAUGUGAACUCUUUGCCCUUCUCUGACGUCUAGACAAUUCCAAAGAGCUCACCUGUCCUAAGCCCUCCUGCCCACUUCCUCCCAGUGACUCAAACCUUGCCCUUAGGGCUGCUCCCAGCACAGGUUGCUGGGCCCCCGACUGAUCGGAACCUUGGGAAGAAGGGCCUUGUGAGAGAGAGAGCUUGGCUUGCAGCAGUGGAUGGCCAAGCUGAAGAGCUGGCCUGGCUGCAGGGUUUGGACAGGGUAGAUGUUGGGCGGAGGACCUGUCCUGGUGUCUGCGCAAAGAAUCGGAGGGGAGCACAUGACUUGAGUCCGAGAAUCGGUCAAGUCUGAGGGGUCCCCUGCACAUUCUGCA